AUGUUGGGCAUCACAGUCCUCGCUGCACUCCUAGCCUGCGCCUCCAGCUGCGGGGUCCCCAGUUUCCUGCCCAACCUAUCAGCUCGGGUGGUAGGAGGAGACAAUGCCAGGCCCCACAGCUGGCCCUGGCAGAUCUCCCUCCAAUAUCUCAAGGAUGACACUUGGAGACACACAUGCGGUGGCACCUUGAUCGCCAGCAGCUAUGUCCUCACUGCUGCCCACUGCAUCAGCAACACCCGCACCUAUCGUGUGGGCCUGGGGAAGAACAACCUGGCAGUGGAAGACGAGGAAGGCUCCCUGUUUGUGGCCGUGGACACCAUCUUUGUCCAUGAGAAGUGGAACUCCUUCCUGGUGCGCAACGACAUUGCCCUCAUCAAACUGGCGGAGCCCGUGGAACUGAGUGACACCAUCCAGGUAGCCUGCCUGCCAGAGGAGGGCUCCUUGCUGCCUCAGGGCUUCCCCUGCUACGUCACUGGCUGGGGCCGCCUCUGGACCAAUGGCCCCAUCGCCGAUGAGCUGCAGCAGGGCCUGCAGCCAGUGGUGGAUCAUGCCACAUGCACCCAGAGUGACUGGUGGGGUACCAUGGUGAAGGACACGAUGGUGUGCGCCGGGGGAGAUGGUGUCAUCUCAGCCUGUAACGGAGACUCAGGUGGCCCGCUGAACUGCCAGGCAGAGAACAGCUCCUGGGAGGUGCGUGGCAUCGUCAGCUUCGGCUCAGGACUGGGCUGCAACACCCUCAAGAAGCCCGCAGUCUACACUCGCGUGUCUGCCUACAUUGACUGGAUCAACGAGAAGAACUGCAGAGCCAUUGACUCCAACGUCAUCAAGCUGCAGAUCUGA